CCUGCUCGUCAUCACGCGCUGAUUUUAAUUCCUCCGUUAAUUCUUGGUUGAGUUCAGGGAAACCCGCUGUGGAGAACUAGUGAACGAGUGCUAGUUAACGCGCGCUAAUCUGCUGAAGUCUGUCUGCACUGAUCCAAGAAGAGAAAGUGUUUGAUUAUACGAGAUAAAACUUACUUCAGACACAGACAAGUCAAGAAUAUAACGUUAAACCGCGACGAGUUUUCUUUCAGAGGGAUCCGUCAUAACACCGAAGUAAACGAUUAACGUUAUGCGUUUAUUUCGAUGUUUAUGGAUUUUGACGUCUGUGAUUGGUCGUUGAUCCGAUCUGCGCUGAUCACGUAUAGAUCAAGCGUCAUCCACAAACCCUGAAGAACAGAUGCCCUGAUUAACUGUUGGUCCUGGAAACAUGGACACUUCUGAACACAUCUGCACUAAACUAAGAAUUUGAAACACAUCCAUUCUGUCUUCAUCAGCAUGAUGAACGAGUCUGUAUCUGAAUCCAGAGUCGUCUGCUCUCUGGAGAUCAGGAGAGAAUACGAGCUCUUUCCAGCUGUUACCUGCUCGCUCUGCUUCGCUCUGGGUCUCGUUUACUGUUUCUGUGGUUGCCGCUGUUUCAGGACAGUGCUGCUGGUGUCGGGGCUGGUGUCCGGCUGCGCUCUGGGUCAGCUGCUGUGUGUGUGGGAGUGUGUGCUGGAGCUCCGGGCGCAGGCGGGGGUUUCUCUGGGCCUGGGUCUGCUGGGGGCGCUGCUGGCGGUGCAGGUACGGAGCGUGGGGCUGUUCCUCAGUGGCCUGCUGUUGGGAGCCCUGCUCUCCGGCGCCGCUCUGCUGCUGCUGGGCCAGUAUUACCCCGUGCUCAGCCCGCCCUGGGCCCCGGUCAGUGCCGUCACCGGAACCAGCCUGCUCUUCGCUCUCCUCGCUCUGCGCUGGAGGAGGCCCGUGACGGUCGCUCUGACAACGGCCCUCGGGGCGGCGGUGGCCCUCGGGUGUGUGGAUUACUGGCUGGAGACGCCCAUGUUACUGCUGCGAGUGUAUGAGGGUCUGCAGAGACAACAGGGCCUGUGCUGGUCCAGCUGGGCGGUCAUCGGGGCCUGGCCCCUACUCACAGCCCUGGGAACACUGGUCCAGUACAGCAUCAUCAGUGACGAAGCCCUACAGAGAAAGCAGUGUGUGACGGGGAACCAGAAGCGUUUGGAUCCGAUGCGGAUCAGACAGAAGCGUGAGCGCAGACCCCCGGCUCUUCAGCGCUACGCCGGAGACGUUCUGGCCCCGAGUUAUCUGGCCAGUCUCCGAGAGCGGCAGUCUCACACGGGCUCCUCGCUCUGGAGUCUGAGCUCCGUUCAUCACACCGUCAUCGACUUUGACUCUGAGACGGGAUCGCUGGUGCCGCUCACCACCUCGGCUUCGGCUCUGCUCAGACUCUAGAGACAUCAGGU